GUUAGCUACAGCACUGCAAAAUCUUUUCCCCCUCCGGCGAUCUUCCAUGGCUCUGAGGAAUGCAAUGCUGAGAAACCUUCGCUCUCAGAGUCUCUUCACAGUUCACAAGCUCCAAAACCCUAUUGCUCCAUCCCAUUUAAUUUCAUCGGAUUUUGACCAAACACUACGCCUUUCAGUAAUUUCUCGAAGACCGCUUUCCAUUUCCGAAACCAAAGUUGAUACAGCUUCAGAAAAUAUCGAUGUUAGUAGCGGCCAGAAACAGAAUAAGAAGCCAUUGGACAUUUUCUUCAAAGAGGCGGUUGGAAUUCUCGAAACUCGUCGAGGCACGGAAGAUAUAGAGGAGAAUGAUGAUCUGAGGAGUAAGCUGAGAAAGUUGGAAGAAGAAGUGAGAGUUUUGCAAGAGAAAAGAAAAAAGGAAAUAGAGGAGAAGAAUAAGCAAAGGGAAAGGGAAACAGAGGAGAUAAAGAAGGCUAUAAGGGCUGAUGAAGAUACGGUGAAUGAUUCCAAGCCCAAGAGCUUGCAUGGAUUGUUUGCAAAUGAGUUAACCAAAAAGGGGAAGUCGUUAAAAACUUCACAGGCUUCUAUGGAAGAGGAUCUGAUGGUUGGCAAGGGGCUAUCCCCUGAUAUGGUUAUGCUUGUGACUCACUUGUACGAGGAAGGGUACUUCAAAGAUGCAAACUUUUUGCGGAAGAAUAGGUUUGAUAUUACUUGCUUUGAGGAUAGCUAUGCCCGCCACUACAUCAAGUAUGCUGCCGAGGAGUUUGCAAAUGAUAAUCAGGGGGUUGCCAAAUGGCUUUCUGCUAGUGACUUGAAGAAGGUGGCACUUUUUGGUUGUCCUUCUCUUGUGAAGAAACAUGUAUAUUCUGCCAAAAUGUUGCGAAAUUUCUUCAGGAUUCAGGAAGACACUGUAUGCGGAAAAUGUGCUUUAAGAGACUCAUGUAAGUUUGUGAAUCAGCAUAUGUGGAACGGUAAUGCCAAAACGCUUCAACUACAUCACGUGAUGAGGACUAUCACUCUGUACGGCUUGGAAUCAGUACCUACAGAGUUGGUCGUGCCAGAGGAUAUUAAGAAAUCCGUGGGUCAGUUGCUCAAGGAGGUUGUAAAGCUUAGUAAAGUUUGUUAAGAUUACUUCACAACCACAUGACUAAACCGGCACAUCCACCCAGCCUGUUUUCCAUUUGGUUGUCUUUAUCACAUUAACAGAGGUGCAGAAAUUAUUUUCAAUUGAAUGGAGCUUCCAACAAGGGCGGGAUUGGUCGGUGGACUUACAAUAGUUUGAAGCUAGCAAGGAGAUGCUGGUUUGUUUCUCUGUAUCUUCUGUUAAAGCAGAUAGACAAAAGUGCUUAUUGGUUGCUGGAUUUUAUUGAAUGAACCGAGUAUUAAUGAGAACUUUGACUGAAUCAGAUUUGGACCAAGAUUUUCUGAUAGUAUGUGACACUCUCUUCUCAAACAUCAUCUUUAUAUGCAUAGUUUCUUUAAGUUACAUAUAACAUAUAUAUGUAUUAGACUAUUAGCAGGGAGAUCUGUGAUUUGAAUACAGUAGUGAAUGAACUGUUUACUUUCUUUGAUUGAA